GCUGUGGGAGCCGCUCAGGGCGCAGGGCCGCGCGCCGAGCCCCGCAGGCUGCAGCGCCGCGCCUCGGCCCAGCGCACGGCAAAGUUGGCCGGGAGUUGAGGCGAAGUUUGCGCGGCUGCGGCCGGCCCGGGCAGAGCUCUCCUCCGCGCCCCCGGCGUCCCGCCGCUGCCAGCCCCGCCGGGGGCGCCCCUCGCCGCCUGCGCGUCCCUACCCCUCACAGCCAUGUCGUCCAUCCUGCCCUUCACCCCCCCGAUCGUGAAGCGCCUGCUGGGCUGGAAGAAGGGCGAGCAGAACGGGCAGGAGGAGAAGUGGUGCGAGAAGGCAGUCAAGAGCUUGGUCAAGAAGCUCAAGAAGACGGGGCAGCUGGACGAGCUGGAGAAGGCCAUCACCACGCAGAACGUCAACACCAAGUGCAUCACCAUCCCCAGGUCUCUGGAUGGCCGACUGCAGGUGUCCCAUCGGAAGGGGCUCCCCCAUGUCAUCUACUGCCGCCUGUGGCGAUGGCCGGACCUGCACAGCCAUCAUGAGCUGCGGGCCAUGGAGCUGUGUGAGUUCGCUUUUAACAUGAAGAAAGAUGAGGUCUGCGUGAAUCCCUACCACUAUCAGCGGGUGGAGACACCAGUUCUACCUCCUGUGUUGGUGCCUCGCCACACCGAGAUCCCGGCCGAAUUCCCGCCACUGGACGACUACAGCCAUUCCAUCCCCGAAAACACUAACUUCCCCGCCGGCAUUGAGCCCCAGAGCAAUAUUCCAGAAACCCCACCCCCUGGUUACCUGAGUGAAGAUGGAGAGACCAGCGACCACCAGAUGAGCCACAGCAUGGACGCAGGUUCUCCAAACCUAUCCCCAAAUCCGAUGUCCCCAGCACACAACAACCUGGACCUGCAGCCAGUCACCUACUGCGAGCCGGCCUUCUGGUGCUCCAUCUCCUACUAUGAGCUGAACCAGCGUGUCGGGGAGACCUUCCACGCCUCGCAGCCAUCCAUGACCGUGGAUGGCUUCACCGACCCAUCCAACUCGGAGCGCUUCUGCCUCGGGCUGCUGUCCAAUGUCAACAGGAAUGCUGCAGUGGAGCUCACAAGGAGACAUAUCGGGAGAGGCGUGAGGCUCUACUACAUCGGAGGGGAAGUCUUUGCGGAGUGCCUCAGUGACAGUGCUAUUUUUGUCCAGUCUCCGAACUGUAACCAGCGCUAUGGCUGGCACCCGGCCACCGUCUGCAAGAUUCCACCAGGAUGCAACCUGAAGAUCUUCAACAACCAGGAGUUUGCUGCCCUCCUAGCUCAGUCUGUCAACCAGGGCUUCGAGGCCGUGUACCAGCUGACACGCAUGUGCACCAUCCGCAUGAGCUUCGUCAAGGGCUGGGGGGCAGAGUACAGGAGACAGACAGUGACCAGUACCCCCUGCUGGAUUGAGCUGCACCUCAAUGGUCCUUUGCAAUGGCUUGACAAGGUCCUAACCCAGAUGGGCUCCCCAAGCAUCCGCUGUUCCAGCGUGUCCUAGAGACCUUGUGCCUGAAGAGGGAGGGUGGCAAGAAGUGGCCGUGGAGAAAGCCAGAACUCUGCUUAACCCACUGUUGUCAAGAAGACAUUUCUCUCCCUCAACCCAAGUGGCACCAGCUUGUUUUCCAAAAUGCAAAGGCAAACCCAGAGAAGGAUUUUACGAACAGCUGUAUCUGCUGAACCAAUUUGCCCUUUGGCUCUCAGUUUGAAAGACAAGAAGUGGCUUCGGCUCUGGUGGCUUGAGCAAACAGGUAGUAUUUCACCGCCUGCCCCUGCCUCCAGUCGGCUUAUUUUUCAGUGAUGGUGAUCUGAGAUGCCACCAGCCAACAGGAA